AAUAAAUAUAAAAUAAAAAAUACAAUUUGAUGUUCAAGGAAGAAACAGGAGUACGGGCGACUUUGCGGUGAAAGGUCAGAGUAUGCUGAAACUAGUUUCUGAAAUGUUGUGCGUUCGAGGAGGCCAGAAGAUGAGGCCUUUUCUAUGUGCACAAAUUAGUGGCUUUCAUACUACAAAGCCUGGUUUAGCACCUAGAAGCUUUUUCGGGGUGGAAGAUUUUGUUGAUGAUGACAAUAGCCGUCCAUACACUUACCAGAAGGGGAAAAAAUCUAAGAACCCAAACAAGCAUGUUUCUUUCAAGCAACGGACUGUAGCAUACAUGGAACCGUUCACACUUGAUGUUUUCAUAUCAAAGCGCUUUGUUUCAGCCUCAAUCACCCAUAGAGUUACAUGCAAACAGGUUGCAGUAGCUGGUACAAACUCCAAAGAUAUCAAGGCAGUGCUCAAAUCACGAAGUGAUAUUCCUGCAUGCUUGUCUGUCGGUCAGAUUUUGUCCGACAGGGCAAGAGAAGCUGAUGUAUACACUGCUUCUUAUACACCUAGAGAUAGGGACAAAUUCGAAGGGAAAAUUAGAGCAGUUGUUCAGUCCCUCAUUGAUAAUGGUAUCGACAUCAAAGUUUAUCUUGACUGAAAAAAGUCUAUGCCAUCUUUACUAGGGAAGACCAAGUAGUGUGAAUCCUUGACCUGGAUUGGAUAUAUGUAUGCCCUAACAUGGAGCUGAGGAAGGAAACCUAUAAUACAGGCUAUGGAUGCUCCAAUGUUGCUGUGUAUACUCAUUGUAUGUUUACAUCUUUCGUUCUGCUGUCAUCAUCAAAAGCUCCAAGGACCAACACAGCAAGGGAGCAACAUCAGGGGCUUACUAGUGCACCCCCCAUAUACGACUGUUGAACUCGAUUUGGAGGGAUGAAGUGCCAUUUGUGUUUCUUUAAUUAAUUGACAAAAUGUCACCUUAGGUUAUAAAUAUCAUGUAAGAUUGUGAGGAAGAAUGGACUUUACAAUCUAUAGCACUUGACUCAAGCUUAUAAUCAAAACAGAUCUUCCUCUGUUUAGUGUUU